AUGCAACUAGCGUUUCUGGACUUUGAAGCCGCGUUCGACUCUCCUCACCGAGGCCGUCUUCUCAACGCGCUCCGCGCCGACGGAGUACCAGGAAAAUUCGUUCCCUUGCUUGAUGACAUGAAUCAACGAACAACUGCUGCAUGCACCGACGAUGUUGUUAUAUUCGCGGAAAGCAGUACGAAACUUCAACAUGUUGUCAACCUUGUAUCGAAGCUGGCUGCAGCCUAUGGACUACGCCUACGCCCUGAUAAAUGCAAGCAGAUGUGGAUCUCUUCGAGACCAGGAACGGGAAUCAGGGUGGACGAACAACCGAUAGGACUCGUCGAUGAGUUCUGUUACCUUGGCUGUACGCUGAAGAACAACGGCAGCUACGAGAGAGAUGGUCAGCAAAGAUGCGCUAAGGCCAUUUCUGCAUUUGACUCCUUAACGAGAUGCCUGUGGUCGACCCCCAUCACCAACGAAGUCAAGCUGCGAGUCUACCUAUCCGCAAUUCGCCCCAUCAUGAUGUACGGAUCGGAGACUUGGGCAGCACCAUUAACAGUUAAGGAGAGGCUUGACUGCACGGAACGAAAGCUGCUUAGACGGCUACUUGGCUACUUUUGGCCUGUCACAAUAAAGAUCUUUACGCAGAAAUUGAUGUGCAGACCGGCAGAUAGCCUUGUUCAACGAGUUCUGAGGAGUUCGUCGGGUUCGAACUGGAAGAAGCCACCUGACCGAAAACGGAAGUUCUGGACUGAGGUUGUGAAAGAGGAGCUGAUGACACUCGGCGUGGGUAGGCAGUUCAGGCGAGACAAGAUCGAGAAGGUUGGGCAGAGCUGUGUUCAAGGACGGCACACCUCGGCGAAGAUGCGGGUAAUCGUGUCAGGCGAUGACAUCAGCCCGCCGAUUAAGUCAAGUAAGUCAUUGCCGCACGCCAUGGACUGGUGGAUGGAUAGAGACGAUAUUGCAGCCGUGAAGUUAAUUGAAACAGAGGACUUGAGUGGAGAUGGUUUCCUGCUCGCAUUCGUCGACACAAAUGCAAAGAAGUAUUUGGAACGUUACGGGCACCGAGGAAUAGUGUUUGAUGACGCUUUCAACGAGUACUUCCAAGAGCUAAAUCCCCAGUAUGUGAUGACAGACGACACAUACGUCUUUUACAAUACUUUCAAGGCGGUGUUUCCUGCGAGUCGGGCUGCCAAAGUGUUCUGUUCGUGUCACAUUAGCCAAGCGUUGCAGAGGAAGCACAAAGAGCUGUUGAAAUGCGUACGAGGUGGUUCCGAUAUGUCCUGGCGACGCAAGAGAAACGUACAACGUCACAAAGAGGCAUUGAUGAGAUACAAAGACGCACCGGCUGCAAUCACGAAAGCAACGGAAAACCUUUGGAAAGUAGUCUCCAGUUGUCGUAAUGGAGUUGCAUAUGAGGUGACUAUCAACGAUUCGCCUUGUGACUGUAGUGAAGAGAGAUUGACGAUGAAAACGGAGAGGAAAAGGAAUGGAAAGAAAUUCAUAGAUGACGAUAGUGAUCUGGAGGAAGAGGCGCGAAAUAUCCUGCAAACGGAUCGUAAACUGCUCCAGAAUUGUUUCAUCUGUGGUAAAAGGAAUCCAGAUGCGAAUGAUGACGAUUAA